AUGGCACCAGAAAAGAAAGAAGAGGACUUUUCAUUGAAGGAGACCUCGCCGAAUAUCGGAAAAGGGAGAGUUUCCGGGAGGGAAAGGCUCACAUCUUCAUUUGAUCUUGUUGAAGAAAUGGAGUUCUUGUAUAUCAGAUUAGUAAAAGGCAGAGAUUUGCAGGAAACAAUCAAUCAAAAUGGACCUCCAUAUUCAACAUCUGACCCUUUUGUUGAAGUCCAAAUUGGGAACUACAAAGGCACAACUCGUCACUUUGACAGAAAACCAAAUCCUGAAUGGCACCAAGUCUUUGCUUUUGCCAAAAAUCAUCUCCAGGCUCUCUCUGUGGAGAUUCUGGUGAAGGAUAAAAUGGCGUCGAGUGAUCGGUUUUUGGGGAAGAUUUCGAUGGACAUGUCUGAUAUUCCUAAACAUGUUCAUCCAGACAGUCCAUUGGCUCCACAGUGGUAUAAAUUGGACGGUGAGAAUGGUUUGAUGGCUAGAGGGGAGUUGAUGUUUGCUAUUUGGUGGGGGACUCAGGCAGAUGAGGAGUUUUCGGAUGCCUGGCAUUCGGAUGCAGCAGCUGUGAGUGGUGAAAGUCUGAUGAAUUGCAGAUCAAAAGUAUAUGUUUCACCUAAACUUUGGUAUCUGAGAGUUAAUGUGAUUGAAGCUCAGGAUUUGGUGCCUAUAGAAAUGAAUAGGACUGACCCUGAAGUUUAUGUCAGGGCAGUUUUCGGGACAAAUGUCUUGAGGAGUAGAGUUUCGCCGAAUAAGAGUGUGAAUCCGUCCUGGAAUGAGGACUUGAUUUUUGUAGCCGCAGAGCCGUUUGGUGAUCCUUUAGUCCUGACGGUGGAGGAUAAGGUAGAUGAUCUAACAGGACACUGUUUGGGGAGGUUAGUGAUGCCUUUAGCGAAGGCGGAGAAGAGUUUCUUGCCCACAACGGUGGCGGCUGAAUGGCAUAAUCUUGAGAGAGUUGAUACAACUAAUUCUGAAGAUCUCAAAGAUGUGAAAUUCGCCAGCAGGAUUUGUUUGAGAGUUUCAUUGGACGGCGGCUAUCAUGUGUUUGAUGAAGCAAUUUCACAAACAAGUGAUUUUAGAGCCACAAUGAAGGAAUUAUGGACUCCUGCAAUUGGGGUUAUAGAACUGGGAAUUUUGAAUGCUAAAGGGUUGUUGCCAAUGAAAUCGAAAUUCGGAAAUGGAACUACUGAUGCAUAUUGUGUGGCAAAAUACGGCAACAAAUGGGUGAGAACAAGGACUGUUGUGGACAGUUUUGAUCCGAAUUGGAAUGAGCAAUACAACUGGGAAGUUUAUGAUCCUUACACAGUUUUAACACUUGUAGUUUUUGAUAAUUGUCAUUUACAACCUGGAGAAGCAAAGGAUUCAAGAAUUGGGAAAGUGAGAAUCCGGUUAUCGACACUCAAAACUGAUCGAAUUUACACACAUUCUUAUCCUAUGGUAGCCUUAUAUCCCAAUGGGGUGAAAAAAAUGGGAGAAAUUCAACUGGCUGUGAGAUUCACUUGCUCUUCUUUAUUCAAUCUCCUUCAAACUUACACUCAACCUCUCCUGCCAAAAAUGCAUUACAUUCAUCCGUUUUCAGUUAAUCAGCUCGAGCGUUUAAGGCACCAGGCGGCACAAUCGCUAUCCUUGCAGCUGAGCAGGGCUGAGCCACCAUUAAGAAAGGAAGUUGUGGAGUAUGUUCUUGAUUUAGGCUCACAAACGUGGAGCCUGAGAAGAGGCAAAGCAAAUUUUGCAAGAAUCACAGGAGUUUUAACUGGAUUUCUUGCAGCUUGGAGAUGGUUUAAUGGAAUUCGCCAAUGGAAGAGUCCCACAACAACAAUUGUAGUAUUUUUAAUCUAUGCAAUUCUGAUUUAUUUCCCUGAAAUGAUACUGCCCACAUUGUUAUUAUUCCUAUUUGGCACUGGCAUUUUCAAGUACAAAAGGAGGCCUAGGCUCCCUCCCCACAUGGACAUUAAACUAUCAUAUGCUCACAAGGCACAUCCUGAUGAACUAGAUGAAGAGUUUGACACAUUCCCAUCUUCCAAACAAGGCCAGAUCUUAACGGCGCGAUACGAUCGAUUGAGAAUCAUCGGAACAAGAAUGGUGAUGCUGCUUGGAGACUUGGCAACUCAAUUGGAGAGAUUGUGGUCUCUUCUGAGCUGGAGGGAUCCAAGAGCCACUGCAAUGUUCACAUUAUUUUGUUUAAUAGCUGCCAUCGUGAUUUAUUUUAUUCCUCUUAGGAUUAUGCUCAUUCUUGCAGGAGGUUUUGUGAUGAGGCCUCCAACAUUUAGGAUUAAUAUUCCUGCUUUACCUCAAAAUUUUUUCAACAGAUUGCCUACAAAAGAAGAUUUGAUGUUCUGA